GACUGUUUUGCCGCUGGAUGACGGUGAUAUCGAGCUUUGGUGGUGAGAGCUCGCCAACUUCUUUUUUUUAGUGGGGCUCAUCACUCUGCACCUGCCAGACGUCACCAAACCCGCUACCGUCAUAACCCCCUUUAGCAAGCUGUCUCAACUGGCCACGAGGCGCCGUCAGGAACAGGAUAGAACAGCAACGUCGACGACUCGUCCACGCAUCCCGCCUCUGGCGUGCACCCGCCUCGACUACUCCAGGAUCUCUUGGACAGACACACGCGUACAACCGCACCGUCGGCCGAAAUGUCUCUGGAAAGACUGCAGGAGCGCCUGACGGCCCUGCAGGAGACCACGUCACAGCUGCGCGACCUCAUCGACCGGCUCGCCGGCCUCAAGUUCCAGCCGGGCUCGGUCCCGCUGGGCACCGACGAGGAGGACAGCCCGAGCGGCGAGCUCAGUGCCGAGAUUGGGCAGAUCCUCCGCGGCGGCCUGGAGGAGCAGGAGCUGCUCCGCGAGGAGGCCAGGUUUGCGCGGCCCGAUGGCCACGACAAGACGCGCCUGACCGAGGGCGUGGAGAGGUUGGGCGGCGAGCUUGCCAGCUGUCGGGCGGCCUUUCGAAGAGCGCGGCUGGCAGCCAAGAAGAGCCUCGAGGAGGCGCAGCGACGGGAGCGCCGGCUCCUCAUAGAAUCCUUUUCUGUCCCCGUCUCGGAGGCGGCCUCGCCGACAGGCACGCCAUCCAGCGAUGACGCCGCCGCCCCCGGUGCGCACGCGCAGCUGCGCUCCGCCCUCCGCCAUCACCAGCAUCACCACCACUCGCAGCACCUGAAGUCGAGCCUCUCCGAGCAAGACCAGCAGACGGUGGGCGCGAGCAGCAACGUGACGGACGCGCUGCGCCGCACGCACGACCUGAUCGCGGCGGAGCUGGCGCGCAGCGAGUUCGCGCACCAGACGCUCGAGGAGUCGUCGGCGGCGCUGCGGCAGCUGGGCGAGUCGUACGCGUCGCUCGAGGGCAUGCUCGCGCGCUCACGCGACCUACUGGGCGCGCUGCUACGCUCGCAGAAGAGCGACACGUGGUACCUCCAGACGAGCAUGUACAUGCUGCUCGCGACGGGCACGUGGCUCGUCUUCCGCCGCCUGCUCUACGGGCCCAUGUGGUGGCUAGUCUGGCUGCCGCUGCGCGUCCUGUUCGGCGUGGGGAGCAGGGCCGGGAGCGCCGUCCUGCAGGGCAAGGGCGGCGCGGGCGAGUCGGGCAGGGCGCAGCAGGUCGGGCCCGACGGCCGGGAGGGGCUGCCGCCCGUCGAGGGCCUGCCGGACGAGGACCUGCCGACGGCCGGGGUGGGACGCGAGAGUGAGCGGCGGGCUGACAAGGAGGCGGACCCGGAUUCCAUGGUGGAGCAGGUGGGCAAGAUCAUUGACGCCGCGAGAGAGGCGGAUGAGCUGGGGUCUCUCCCCGACGAGGAAGACCAGCCGCGGAACCCAAAGAAGCGCAUGUGGGAGGAAACGGAGACGCCGGUGCCUGCUCCGGGUGGCGAACCACAUGUCAGAGACGAGCUGUAGACUACGAGGAAUACACCACCAUGAAGACGUGCUCUUGAAACGUAUCCCCCGUGUGCACAACUGGGC